AUAGAUUAAAUCAAAAAGGGGUUUAUUCCAAUGUCAUCUCAUUCUGCGCGAGAGUACUAGCUCUAUGCUUUUUUAAAAUUCCUGGUGUUGGUUUCGCAUUACUCCAUGCAUUACCUGUAAACAGAUUUCAUAUCAAAAGAAUAUUAAGGGAGGCCGUUGGUGACGAUAAUUUAAG